CAGGCUUCCCCAGAUUUCGAGCCACUCCAUCCCCUCGGCUUGGCAGGCCAUCCAUCUGGGUAUAUAUCCAUCGUUGCAACACUGAAACGUACCGCUGCUGGCAUCCAAGGCCAACCUCGCCUGUUCCGAAUAGCCAGCUGCAAAAUUAACACAAUAUCCCUUGCCAGCGCGGUCAAGAGCCCGUCUCGCAACACAACAUGGCUGGCGGGACCAGUAUUUGGUUUAGCAAGGAUGCUAAAACCGAUCCCAAAGAGAUUUUCAACUUGCGCCUGCUAUACCUCGUGAUCACUGUCGCCUGGGCCGGCGCCUUCUAUGGCUUCGACCAGGGUAACAUUGGUGGUAUCCUGGUUCUGCCCUCGUUCAAGCACUCCUUUGGCUUGAACGCUGCAAACACCGUCGACCGCAAGGGUACUAUCGCUGCUAUGCUCUCAGCCGGUGCUUCUGUCGGCGCCAUUCUCGCCUGGCCCACGUCUGACAUUCUCGGCCGGAAGUGGUCCGUAUUCUUCUGGGGCGUUGUCUUCGUUAUCGGUGCUGCCAUGCAGAUGAUCUCCAAUUACGAGGUCCUGCUCGCUGGGCGUUUCCUCGGCGGCUUGGGUGUUGGUGCCAGCUCGAUGCUUAGCCCACAAUUCCUCGCGGAGAACUCGCCCAGGUCGAUUCGUGGCUCACUUGUCGCGACGUACAACUUGAUGAUCGUCACCUGCCUGGCCCUGGCUUUCUGGAUCAAUUAUGGCGUAAGCCUGUGGCAGGUCGACGCCAGUGAUGAGAGCCAAUGGCGGACCUCCAUGGCUAUCCAACUCAUCCCUGGUGCCUUGAUGUGCAUCAUGAUCCCUUUCGCCCUUGAGACGCCCCGAUAUCUUGUCAACCACGGCAAGUCAGAGAGAGCCCUCGACAAUCUGAGCAAGCUGCGGAAGCUGCCGAAGGUUCACCCGUACGUGCAAAUCGAGUACCAGGAGAUGGAGGCACAGGCUCAGUCCGAGCAAGAGGUACGGCAAGGUCAUAGCAUUUGGGCUGUUCUGCAGGAUAUAUUCCUUAACGCCAGCAAUCGGCGUCGUCUUUUCUUGGCUGUCAUGAUCUUUUUGUUCCACAAACUCACCGGAACCGACACUUUGAACUACUAUGCUCCUUCCGUGUUCGCCAUGAUUGGCAUCCAAGGCAAUAGCACUACACUCUUGGCUACCGGAGUCUACGGCAUCGUCAAGGUGGUUACAACGCUCUUCUACGUGGGCUAUCUUGUAGACCGAGUCGGACGCCGUAUUCCCUUGUUAGUGGGAGCAACUAUUCAAGCUUCUUGCAUGCUCUACUUGGGCUUGUACAUCCGCUUUGCGGGUGUCGGAGCAACGACUACCAGCGGAGGUACACCCGCCGGAGGCAUUGUUGGCGUCAUUGCCAUUUAUCUCUACGCGUUCGGCUGGUCCUUUGGCCACUCGGUGGCUUGUUAUGUCGUCGCAGCCGAGAUCUUCCCCACUAGGAUUCGAUCGUUGUGCAUGGCAUUCUGCUUCUUCGUGAACUGGAUCGUCGACUACGGCAUUACCACCGCCAGUCCCCGCAUGCUGGCGGAGAUGGCAUGGGGUACCUUCCUCCUCUUCGCCAUGCUUACCUACCUCGGUGUUGUAUUCAUAUUUUUCUGUCUUCCCGAGAUGAAAGGACGGUCGCUUGAGAGUAUGGACGAUUUGUUCAGUCGAUCAAUCUGGACUAUGUGGAGGCACGCUUACCCAACUGAAGAAGAAAAGGUCAGGCGAGACGUUCAAGACAUGAUGCGCUUGGGGCAGGAGGAGAAAGCAGAGGUCACAGCGAGCCAUGUUGAGCAAGUUCGAUAG